AUGGCCACUCUCAAAGAUGCCAUCACUGAAGGAGCCCAGCACUCAGAGACCGGGGCUAGACGUCCCUCAGUCCUCUUCAAUGAUGAGAACAAGAGAAAGGCCAGCAUUGCCCAACUGACUUCUAACACUACCGGAGAGAUCCGCAACCCUCUUACAGGUAUUCCACGUGAACAACUGCUUCAAGAUGUCGAGAACUUUGCGGGCGAGAACAACAUGUCCGACAUCCUCCCCCUGCUUCGCAAAGGUGCUAUCGUCGCUCAAAGUCCCCACGCUUUCGAAUCCUUGCCAGAGCUUGACGAGGCUGAUCGCCUCAGUCUUCGCGAGGAGGUCAGCCAUCGUUGGAAACAUCCCAAAACCCUCUAUUUCACCAUCAUCCUCAACUCCAUCGCGGCCGCCAUUCAGGGCUGGGAUCAGACUGGUUCCAAUGGUGCAAAUUUGUCCUUCCCAGUCGAGUUUGGUAUCCCGGAUUCUGGUGAUGUUUGCGAAGCUGCUGGAAACUGCGACAAGAACUCAUGGAUCGUUGGCUUCGUCAAUUCGUGUCCUUACAUCGCCAUUGCCUUCUUUGCUGGUUGGAUUUCUGAUCCCCUCAAUGAUCUUCUGGGUCGACGUGGUACAAUCUUUCUUGGUGCCGUCUUCUCGUUGAUUGCUCCUAUCGGCAUGGCAGUUACCCAGACUUGGGGUCAACUCGUAGCAACUCGUAUCCUGCUCGGGAUCGGUAUGGGUCUGAAGGAAGUCACGGUCCCCGUCUUCUCAGCCGAAAACGCUCCUACCAACAUUCGUGGAGGCUUGGUCAUGACCUGGCAGGUUUGGACGGCUUUCGGUAUUUUCCUGGGAACUUGUGCAAAUCUUGCGGUCAAAGAUGUCGGCAGGAUUGCCUGGAGAUUACAACUAGGUUCUGCUUUCAUUCCUGCCGUUCCCUUGGUCAUUGGUAUCUAUUUCUGCCCCGAGUCUCCUCGUUGGCUCAUGAAGAAGGGGCGACAUGCCGAAGCCUACAAAUCACUUGUCCGGCUGCGAAAUACUCCUCUUCAGGCUGCUCGCGACCUCUACUUUAUUCAUGCGCAACUGAUCCAAGAAGAGAUCCUUGUGGAAGAAUCCGCCGUUGCCACUCAUGGUAACUUCUUCACCAGAUUCAUCGAACUCUUCACUAUUCCACGUAUUCGAAGAGCUACCCAGGCCUCCGGUAUUGUCAUGAUUGCCCAGCAAAUGUGUGGUAUCAACAUCAUCGCGUUCUACUCCAGUAGUGUCUUCAAAGAGGCCGGUGCCUCUGUGACCGAGGCCCUGUUGGCCAGUUGGGGAUUCGGUCUGGUCAAUUUUGUGUUUGCAUGGCCCGCAGUUUGGACGAUCGACACUUUCGGACGCAGAGCCUUGCUCCUUUUCACCUUCCCAAACAUGUGCUGGACGCUUUUGGCCGCUGGAUUCUGCUUCUGGAUCCCUGAGGGUAAUAAUGCCCAUCUAGGAUUGAUUGCAACUUUUAUCUACCUCUUUGACGCAUUUUACUCGCCUGGAGAAGGACCAGUUCCGUUCACUUACUCAGCCGAAGUCUUUCCGUUGUCCCAUCGUGAAGUUGGUAUGUCAUGGGCUGUGGCAACCAACAACUUUUGGGCAUCCGUGUUGGCUUUGACUUGGCCACGAAUGUUACGAGCAAUGAAGCCACAAGGAGCUUUCGGUUUCUAUGCUGCACUCAAUAUGGUUGCCUUCACCAUGAUCUUCCUUUGGCUACCAGAGACCAAACAACGAUCUCUCGAAGAACUUGAUUAUGUCUUUGCUGUGCCGACUCGUACACACAUGCACUACCAAGUCUCGCAAGUUCUUCCAUAUUGGUUCAAGACUCAGGUUCUCCGAAGAAAGGGACUUACAUCUCCAAAGCUCUACACUUUCGACUCGGAAGAUAUUGUUCCAGUCGAACGAGAAGAAAAUACAGAGAAGACUGUUUAA